AUGGCUAAAAAGAAAGAUUCAUACGUGGAUAAGGAUGUUGACGAUGUGGCAGAAUCAUCACACAAGAGGCAUAAAAAACACAAAAAACAUAAGAAGGUUCGGAAUCAGCCAGAACAAAUAUUUGAAGUUGUUGAAGAACAGCAGACGCUAGACGAGACCAUAGAAGUCGUCGAAGAAAUCGAGUACAUGGAGGCCGACCCGGAACCUGAAAUCGUUUCGAAGGUAGAAACCGAGACACAAACCACGAUGGAUACGAGCAUGUCGCAGACAGACCUGAAUGAGUCCCAACUUUUACAGCAACAGAAAGCACUAUCGCCCGGAAAGUCGCUAGCCGCUCUAAACAAAGCACAGAAGAAAACGCGCAAGAAGGGUCGCGACAGCGGUACAUCCAGCGAAGAGGAACGCUGGCUGGAUGCGAUUGAAUCGGGUAAGCUGGAAGAGGUGGAUGAUGAGCUGAAAAAAAUCAAGCCAAAAGACCCCAAACUAAUGACGGCACGGCAGCGAGCGAUGUACGAACGCAGCACGGACAAAGAGCCAGGCCCCGGAUCGGAACUGCUCAUGUCUCUUCCGACGGGCUACAAGGAAAAGGUAAUGACCGAGGAAGCAAUACAGAAGGCACAGCUUAAAUCACAGAAGCGCAAGCAAAUGGCCGACGAGAAACGAGAGAAGGAUAAAAAGAAGACCAUGGAGCGGUUGCUCAAAAAGCAAGACUCGAAAUCGGUAAAAGCGAUCAAGAACCGUCCAGUGAAAGAGAAAGUACCGAUGAUAACGUACAUGAACACCGUCGAGGGCGCAACGAUUUCCCUGCCACCGGAUGUCGAGUUCCCGUUGCCGAAACAAACGCCUAAAGAAGCACCAAAGCCCACGCUGUGUGCCAUUCCGAAUUGCACCAAUAUUAAGCGGUACAACUGCUCGAAGACAGACACCCCGUUGUGUAGUUACAAAUGCUACAAAGCGAACAUUGAGGCAAUAAAGAAAAUCAUUUGCUGA